AUGUUCAGCAGUCACAUUUUUUUUUUAUGUUUUAUUUUUUUUUUAGAGGAGAAAAAAUAAUAUUUAUUUGUAAAACUAAAUUUUGGGUUUGCUCAAAAGUAUUUGCACAGAAGUCUUAUGAUGCUUGAUUUUUUUAAAAUAGUGCAGGGUUUGCAGAAUAUAAGUAAGAUGAUGAGGUAUUUUUUAGUAUUUGGCUUUUACUAAAUGCACGAGAUAAGUACCUACUUACAAUUGUAAGGAACAUUAUAAAAAAAGCUGAAUUAAUAGACACCUUCCGCAAUUAGUUUCUGGUUAGGGUUUGCUAACUGAAAGGUUUGACUCAGAAGAUUAUUUUCUAACAUGAUGUUGGUUUUUUAAUUUGAAUAAAAAUUAAUGAAUAUGAAUAUAUUUAGAAAGAGUUUUGGUUUGGAAAAAUUACAGUUUAUAAGAUUGGCGAGUAGCAAAAAAAAAAAGGGG